CUGGUUCGUGUUCGUAACACAGAAUUAUCCAGCAGUUGAAAAAUUUUCUUUGUACUUUCCGUAUUAACAGAGGACAAACAAAAAACCGCUCCCAACCGAUUUCAGUUAAACAGUUACAAACAGCAGCAAAGCAAGCACAAAAAAAAACAUUUAUCGCACGCGACUCAACGCACCAGAUCGCGCGAACUUCGUUCCAAGCCUCCGCUGCAGCCAGACUGGUGCAGCCUGAAAAAGUGUGGCAAUACUUUGCGGAUAUCUACAGCAAGAACAAGAAACAUCAACAUCUCGGCGAGAACUGCGGCGACAACUGCAAACGUGGGAUAUAUCAAACAAGUAAAUUUUACAAUUCCUUAUUACCAAACAAACAAAAAAUUCAAACAAGUUAAUUGAAAUUGCAUAAGCUUAUGAAUUUCGGUUGUACGUUAUUCUAAUUGCCUUAGAUCUCAGAGUGACCAUAUAUGACAUAUUUUAAAGCUUCAAAACCUGAACUUGUGUGUGUGGUUUUUUGUGGUCCGCUUGCAGUCAAACCAACUGCACUGUAUUCACACACACUUGAAAACAAGCACAGCCAUUUUCUUUCAGGUGCUCCCAGUGAUAGCACAAAAUGAAUGUUUGCAGCGGCUCGUUUGGCAACUCUGACAUAAAUAAUAGAGAUUGCGAAUUGUGUGUGCGUGUUGCCAUCUAAUAGGACAAUAGCAUAAUGCAUAAUGCAUGACAAAAAAUAAAAGUAUGGUCACCCAAGCAAAAACAAGCAGGCAAUUUGUAAAAAAACGAAAAAAAAACGAAUCAAUCGAAUGAAAACAAAGCUAUAUAUGUUUUUGAAAUAGUUGACGACAGAGAAAGAAGGCGUCGCCAUAACGAAAAUCGUUUCAACCAUUAUAUUGUAUAUAGAUCGUCAGACGUCGCUUUCGCCGAACGGAAAUGUCUGCGGCACGUUUACCCUAUUAUCAACAGCAGCAGUCAGGGGAGCACCACCAGCAGCAGCAGCGGCGCGGUGGCGGACAACGUUGCGUUGGCUAUCAGGAUCGUAACAACAGUCGACGCAACGAACGUCGCUAUAGUCGCAGUCGUAGUCGCAGCCGCAGUCGCAGUCGCUCUAUGGAGCGUCAGCGACGUCGUCAUCAUCAUCAUCAAACGCAGUCGCAGUCGCAGUCGCAGUCGCAGCAGCAGCACCAGCAUCGCCAUCAUAGAGAUUCACGCGAUCGUCAGAAGGAAUGGGACAGAGACUACCCGAGACGCAGCUAUUAUCAGAGAGAGAGUCGCACUCCGAGUCCAACGUCCUACUCCUCCACCUCUGCCUCGACAGGAUCAGCAGCGACACGUCGAGUACAUGGCAAUGGAGGAAAUGGAUCCAAUAAAGUGAACGCCAAGGAUAAUGCAAUGUCUGCUGUGGGCGCUUAUUACAAUCUUGAUACGGAUGAGCCCUUCGACAAAGAGCGUAUACAUCGUGAAAUCGAAGCAAAAUUACGUGAGACACUCGCACGCGAAGGCAAGGUCUAUCCGCCACCGAAGCCGGAGGCAUCGCAUCCUGUAUUCGCCAACGAUGGCUCGUUCAUGGAGCUGUUCAAGAAGAUGCAGGGUCAACAAGAACAGCAACAGCAACAGCAGCAGACAAUGGCAGAUGUAGCUGCAGCAGCUACAGCAGCAGCUAAUGCAUCUGCAGCAGUAGCAGCAGCAGCAGCAAUUCGAGAUCAACAACAGCAGCUGCUACUGCUGGAACCCAAUCCAGUUCUCAGUCCAUUUGGUGCUUUGCCGGCGAUUGCAGCAGGCGCUGCCAGCACACCAGCUGCUCCAUAUAUAGCCGCUGCAGCGGCUGGCAAAUCAGCACCGCCACCUCCAAUGGUUGGACGUCGCCGUGGUGGCAAAAUCUUAAAAACGGGCGUCGUUGCCAAGUUGAAGACGCCCAGCGAAAGAGAUGUGGAUCCAAAGGAUUUUUGGUCGCUGUAUUUGGCUGAAGUGAAUAAGUACAAGAGCAAUGCCUGCGAUACGGACAAUGGAAAGAGACCAUUGGUCAAAUAGUCUACAAAACACAUCCACACACACCACACCAUUUACACACACAAUUACACACGCAUCUACACAUACAUCUGCACACACAUCUAAAUAGACAUAAACGCAGUAGCUGUACGCACAACAAUCGAAAAUAUGAACUUGAACGCAGGCAAAACACAAAAUUCAAUUAGCUAAACCAAAAUAUUUGGCUUACACAAAUACA